AUGGCGCCCUUCAUGGGGCCUCCCCAGGGGGUUGACAGCCCUGAAAGCCUGGCACCAGAUCAGAUCCCGAACCCCAUCUACCGAGUCAAUGGAGAGUCUUUGCCAGACAAGGAAUCGCCACUCACUAUUCAAGAAUGGUGUGCUACCCAAACCAUUGGGAAGGCUCUGCAACGCCUUGUAGCCCUCGUGGAGACAGAACGCGCCGCCAACGAGCACACUUGUGCCUGGAUUACCCUUGCCAGCCCAGACCAAUUACUAUCACAAUGGGACGAACUCCAGUCCAAAGUCCGCGACUCUGAGCUUUUGCCUCUAUAUGGCGUCCCCUUUGCUGUCAAAGACAACAUCGACGUUGUUGAUUUUCCGACCACCGGAGCAUGUCCAGCCUUCUCAACCCAACCCGCCACCCAUGAUGCCCCCGUGGUUGCCAGGCUUAAGGCUGCGGGAGCCAUCGUCAUCGGCAAGACAAACCUGGACCAGUUUGCAACCGGCUUGGUGGGCACUCGGUCGCCACACGGGGCCGUGCCAAACAGUUUUGACCCUGCCCGUGUAAGCGGCGGCUCCAGCUCCGGCAGCGGGGUCGUCGUCGCCUGCGGCGUAGUGCCUUUCUCUCUCGGCACUGACACGGCAGGAUCCGGUCGAGUGCCUGCGGGCUUCAACAACGUCGUUGGAUUGAAGCCCACCCGGGGGGCCCUCAGCGCCAGGGGUGUUCUUCCAGCGUGCCGGACCCUCGAUUGCGUCUCCAUCUUCGCUCUCACUAUCGAGGAUGCAGAGACGGUACUCUCCAUAGCCGAAGGGUACGAUUUCAAGGAUGCAUAUUCGCGGGCGCGACCUUCCUAUGACGUUCCUACACCGGUACCUGCAUUCGGCAUGCAAUGGUCCCAGAACAAGGUCCCGUCGCUGGCCAUCUGCAUGCAGCCUGACUGGCAUGGCCGGAAGGACCACUGCCCUGCAUACGACGCAGCACUUGACAAGGCCCAGAAGCUAGGCUGGAAGCUUACUCCUGUAGACUUUUCUGACCUUUUCCGUCUCGCAAAGCUCUUGUACGAAGGACCUUGGGUCGCCGAGCGCUACGCCGCCAUUCGCGACUUCAUCGAGCGUUCCCCAGAGGAAAUGGACCCGGUUGUUCGCGGCAUUGUGUCCAAGGCUGGCAACUUCACUGCCGCAGACGCCUUUGCAUGCGAAUACAAACGCCAGGAACUGACUCGAGAAAUCGAGGCAACAUUUCAGUCUUUCGAUGCCAUCUUGGUUCCCACCACGCCGACAUUCCCAACCCUUGAACAGCUCAAGGCCGAGCCCGUGUUGGAGAACUCGCUCUUGGGAACCUACACCAACUUUGUCAACUUUCUCGACUGGAGUGCGAUUGCCAUCCCCGCCGGCUUCAGGUCGGACGGCCUUCCCUUUGGAAUUACUCUGAUAUCCAGCGCUUGGCAAGAGCCCCAGCUUUUGCGAUUAUCGCAGCAUUUUUUGUCGGCCACUCCGCGGCGUCUUGGAGCCACCAAGGCUCAUCGCGCAGCCGACAGCAUACCCGCAAGAAUGCAUGGCAAUCCCUGGACACCGAUUGCCGUUGUCGGCGCGCACCUCACGGGGUUUCCGCUGAACAAAGAUUUGACUACACGAGGUGCCGAGUUCGAGUGCGCAACCACCACGUCCAAGAUGUACAAGCUGUACGAGCUUCCGUCCGCCUCUGGCGUCAAGAAACCAGGCCUUGAGAGGGUCACAGAUGCAGGCCAGGGCCAACAUAUCGCGGUCGAAGUGUGGAGGAUGCCCCAGCCCACCGUCGCGAGCUUCCUGGCUACCAUCCCGUCGCCCCUCGCUAUCGGAUCCGUCGAGCUGCAGGACGGUCGCUGGGUUCGUGGGUUCGUCUGUGAGCCAUGGGGCUUGCUAGGGGCAAAGGAUAUAACCGACUUUGGUGGCUGGAGGGCAUACAUGAAGCAUCACACGCUUUGCAAUGGGAUCUGCAAGAACGGAUCAGGGCCCUGUCGGCCGACAUCCCCAAAGGCCAUCGCGAAAGUUCUCAUUGCCAACAGGGGCGAGAUCGCUGCUCGAAUCAUCAAGUCGCUGCACAAACUCAACAUUGAAGCUAUCUCAAUCUAUUCGGAUGCCGACGCCUCGUCUCCACAUGUCCGCAACGCCGAUGUGUCGUUGCGCCUUGAGGGCACCUCGGUCGCUGAAACUUAUCUCGACGCCAGGCAGGUUUUGCAGCUAGCAAAGUCGGCACAAGCCGACGCCAUCAUCCCCGGCUAUGGCUUUCUGUCUGAAAACUCUGACUUUGCAGCUGCAGUAGAGCAGGAAGGGAUGGUCUGGAUCGGGCCAACACCUAACCAAAUGUCCGACCUGGGGCUCAAGCAUCGCGCCAGGGACAUCGCCAAUAAGUCGGGUGUUCACGUGGUUCCCGGCAGCGCCGGGCUGUUGGUAUCCCUGGAAGAGGCUCGUCACGAAGCGGACAAGAUUGGGUUUCCGUUGAUGCUCAAGAGCACGGCUGGUGGCGGUGGAAUCGGACUGCGCCAAUGCAACGACCUCGACAGCUUCGACGACGCCUUCAAUGCGGUGCAGCGGCUUGCGUCAGCCAACUUUGGGGAUUCCGGAGUUUUUCUUGAGCGGUACAUCGAAAACGCUCGGCACAUAGAAGUUCAGAUCCUGGGCGAUGGCAAGGGCAAGGUUAUUGCCGCCGGCGAGCGUGAUUGCUCCCUGCAACGGAGACACCAGAAGAUCGUGGAAGAAAGUCCUCCAUUUGGUGUGCCUACACACGUCCGCGCAAAUAUGCGGGCAGCCGCAGUCCGGCUGGCAUCGUCGGUGCAGUAUCGCAACGUUGGCACAGUCGAAUUCAUCUACGACGUCGACUCAGAGGAGUUUUUCUUCCUCGAGGUCAACACACGCCUGCAAGUGGAGCAUCCCGUUACCGAGGCCGUUACGGGCCUUGACUUGGUCGAAUGCAUGGUAAACAUUGCCAACGACGACUGCCACGAACUGUUCAGUCGCGAUACCGAGGACAUUGCCAUCGAUGGUGCUUCCGUCGAAGUUCGACUGUACGCCGAAAAUCCUCUUCGGAAAUUCCAGCCUUGCUCCGGUGUAAUUAGCAAGCUGCGAUUCCCCUCAAGUCUCCGAGUUGAUACCUGGGUGGAAACAGGAACCGAAGUCUCAACGCGCUAUGACCCUCUCCUAGCCAAGCUCAUAGCCACUGGGCAUGACAGGGCGGAUUGCCUGCAGAAGCUGGCGGAUGGCCUCGCCCAGACAGAAAUUCUCGGGGUCCAGACUAACCUGGAGUAUCUCCGUCAGAUCGUGUCAUGGUCUCUGUUCCAAUCAGGGAACUGCACCACAAAGUCUCUGGACUCGUUUCAGUUCCACUCCCCCAACGUCGAGGUGGUACAGCCAGGAGCAAUGACAACAAUCCAAGACUUCCCGGGCAGAACCGGUUAUUGGAGCAUUGGCAUCCCGCCAUCCGGCCCGAUGGACCACCUGUCUUUCCGAGUCGCCAACCGCCUCGUCAACAAUAGUUCUGACGCCGCUGCCAUGGAAUGCACGCUUCAAGGACCGACGCUCAAGUUCCAUUGUGACACUGUCAUUGCCGUUACCGGUGGCGUAGCCGUCAUCACGCUUGACGGUGAACAGGUCCAGUCAAACCGAGCAAUCCCCAUUCGUGCAGGACAAACACUUGCCGUUGGAACAGUCGAUGUGGGCUACCGUAUCUACGUGGCGGUUGCUGGUGGCAUUGACGUGCCAAAGGUAAUGGGCAGUCGUGCCACAUUUGAGCUUGGAAACUUGGGUGGGAAAGACGGCGGAAAGCUCCAAGUCGGCGAUAUCAUCCCUCUAAGAAUGAUCUCCACCGCCCUUUCGAAAUUGGACGCUUCGCCGGUUGCCCCAGCCAUCCAAAUACCGGCACAGCCCGCGGCCUGCUGGACCCUUGGCGUUGUUCCUGGUCCCCACGGCGCCCCAGACUACUUCACUCAGGAGGGGCUCGCAGCGCUCUUUUCUGGAGAGUGGCGAGUACACCAUAAUAGCAACCGUCUUGGCGUCCGUCUGACCGGGCCACAGCCAGAGUGGGCGCGUCAGACCGGCGGGGAGGCCGGGCUGCACCCGUCAAACAUUCAUGACAGCCCCUACUCGAUUGGCAGCGUCAGCUUUACCGGCGACGAAGCCGUUGUCCUCGCUUGCGACGGCCCCAGCCUGGGUGGCUUUGUCGUAUUCUGUGUCGUGGCCUCCGCGGAGAUGUGGAAGCUGGGCCAAGUCCGUCCCGGAGACGUCAUUCGUCUCCGGGCCAUCACCACUGAGGCCGCCGCGAAGAUGGACGACGCACUGUCAAUUGCUAUUCAAGAGUUGAAAGAGUAUCCUCAGAUUGAGGACCUGUGUUCCGAGCUGGGGCAGAUUGACUACUCGUCCAGUGUCGUCGUCGGCAAACUAUGCCGCCCGGACGGAAGGGUCACUGCUCGUCAAGCCGGCGACCGAUCGAUGAUUGUCGAAUUUGGUGAACAAGAGAUUUUUGACUUGGCUCAAAGCUUCAGAAUCCACGCCCUGUGCGAGAGCCACGCCAAGAGCGCAAUUCCUGGCGUGGACGAGUUAACCCGCGGUGUGCGAUCCGUUCAUCUGAUAUAUCACGCCGGGCUAGCGCCACAAACCGUCUUUGAGCGGCUCUGCAAUCACAUAUCGUCUUAUGAAGUUCCUCGGAGAGUUCAGUCACGCACCUUGUGUCUGCCGCUCGCGUUUGACGAUUCGGUAAGCAAGGCCGCGGUGGAGCGAUACGCCGCAACGAUCCGAUCAGAGGCGCCUUGGCUACCUAGCAAUGUCGAUUUCGUCAAGCAACUCAAUGGCCUCGACGACAUUUCAAGCCUCAUGUAUGACGCAACGUUCCUUGUUCUCGGGCUCGGCGACGUUUUCCUUGGUUCUCCGUGCGCCGUACCACUCGAUCCGCGGCACCGCCUAUUUGGGACAAAGUACAACCCAUCUCGGUCGUUUACACCCCGGCGUUCGGUCGGCAUCGGGGGCCAGUACAUGUGCAUCUACGCGACUGACUCACCAGGCGGCUAUCAGCUAGUCGGCAGAACAGUGGACAUUUGGGACGCGCAAGCCAUUUCGACGGGGAAAGCUUCCCUGAGCUCUGCGUCUGACCCGUGGAUGUUUCGACCCUUUGAUCGCAUCAGGUUUUACCCAAUGUUAGAAUCGGAGCUCGACGCGAAACCCAUCUCGCAGCUUGUCACGGUCACCAAGGGGCAACUAGACCUAGACGAGUAUGAGUCCUGGAUAUCUUUGCACCAGGACGAGAUCGACGCGGUUGCCUCGAAACGCGCGGAAUCGAUUGCGAGCGCACCCUUCCUCGAGGAGCUGCGGCAGCCGUACAGACCAAAAGCCCUCACCAAUGGCCACAAAGAAGACGCCGCAUGCAACCUCUCGGUGAGCCCAAGCUUGCACAGGUUAAAGGCAAUGAUGCCAGGUCGCUGCUACAACUUUGUCGUCCGGGACGGCGCCGAGGUUCGCAAAGGAGAUGUGCUCAUGUGGAUUGAGUCGAGCAAAAUGGAAAUCGAGAUUCGUAGUUCAGCUAGUGGUCGAUGCGUUGGUAUUCCGGUCAAGGAGGGGAGUUUGGUAGAUGCCGGCGAGGUGCUGGAGCGCGUCGGAAAUGACCCCCGAGUAUUCGAAGCCACCAAAGUUAUCAAAAACCUCAUAUGCUGCUGA